AUUCGUGAAAAGCAUCAGCCGGCUUGGUGCUGUAAACAAGUUAGAAGUACAAUUCUCUUUUAAGAUUUAUUUAAUAGUUGUUAUUUUCGUAGUGAUAGUGGUAUUUUCAAAAAAUGAACACUAUGGACGAUCCAUCCAUUAAAUUCGAUAUAAAGCGAAUCAAAGCAGAUCUCAUCAAGGGAAUUUCGGAAUGUUCUCAACGAGGACUCAUGCACACAACAAAAUGGCUAGCUGAAUUGAGUUAUUCUUUGAAAAAUAUUUCUCACGAUGACACUUAUCUCAUGGCUGACACUCCACCCACGAUUAAAAUUAGCGAACACGAUGUCGAUUCUUAUAAUUUGGCCAAAAGUUAUUUCGAUCUCAAAGAAUACGAUAGAGCUGCGCAUUUCUUGAAAAAUUGUAAAACUCCAAAAGCCAAUUUUCUUUAUUAUUAUUCGCAGUAUUUGUCUGGUGAAAAAAAGAAGAUUGACAAUAUGAUUGAUGUUCCACCAGAUCCUCUAAAAAACAGUUCUUUGAAAUUACUUUGUAGUGAAUUGAGAAAAGAGCAUAAUCUUGGUAAACUAGAUGGGUAUUGUUUAUAUUUGUAUGGAGUUAUUUUGAAAAAAUUGCAGUUGUCUAAGGAAGCUAUUGAUGUCCUAGUUGAUGCAAUCCACAAAGAACCAAUGCACUGGGGAACCUGGCUAGAAUUGGCAAGUUUAAUUACAGACAGAGAAAAAUUAGAUGCCCUUUCUUUACCCAAUCAUUGGAUAAAACAAUUUUUCUUAGCUCACAUAUAUUUAGAGCUACAACUUCUCGAUGAAGGAUUAGCUCUAUAUUGUGAAUUGCAAGGAAUGGGAUUUCAAAAAAAUGGUUACGUUUUAGCUCAAACCGCUAUCGCCGUACAUUACAAAAGAGAUGUAGAUAAUGCAAUUCUUACAUUUAAACAGAUAAUUGAUGAUGAUCCUUUUUGCUUAGAUAAUAUGGAUACAUAUUCUAAUCUUUUGUACGUGAAAGAAUUGAAAAAUGAGUUGGCUCAUUUGGCUCACAAAGCAACUGAAAUUGAUAAAUAUAGACUAGAAACCUGUUGCAUCGUUGGUAAUUAUUACAGUUUAAGAGCAGACCAUCAAAAAGCUGUAAUGUACUUCCAUAGAGCAUUAAAACUAAAUCCUCAAUAUUUAUCAGCAUGGACAUUGUUAGGUCAUGAGUUUAUGGAAAUGAAAAACACCAAUGGUGCAAUUCAUAGUUAUCGCCAAGCCAUUGAAGUUAAUAAAAGAGAUUAUAGAGCAUGGUAUGGUCUUGGUCAAACAUAUGAAAUAUUAAAAAUGCCAUUUUAUGGUCUUUACUAUUACAAACAAGCACAAUUAUUAAGGCCUCGUGACAGUAGAAUGGUUCUUGCUUUGGGAGAAGCUUAUGAGAAACAAGAAAAGAUACCAGAAGCACUUAAAUGUUAUUAUAAAGCUUGUCAUGUGGGUGAUAUAGAAGGAGUUGCUUUAAUAAGAUUAGCAGGAUUGUAUGAAAAAUUGGGUCAUCAUGAUAAUGCAGCUGCUGCGUAUACUGAUUUUGUCACAGAUGAAUUUAAAAAUGCUGAAAGAACUGAACUAAGUCAUGCAUAUAAAUUUUUAACUGACUAUCAUUUAAAAAGAGAUGAAUUGGAUCAAGCAAAUCAUUAUGCUCAAAAGUGUUUGCAGUAUGAAGAAACAAAAGAAGAAGCUAAGGCAUUCUUGAGGACUAUUGCACAAAGAAGAAUCAAAGUUGAAGAUAAUCCUAUGGUUGUUGAAGAUAUGAAUGAAACAAAUCCAAUUGGUGAAACAGGAAAUAAUAUAACAGCACAAAGCUCACAAUUAUCACCCAUGAACUUGUCAUUUACUCCAAUUUAGAAUUGUAUGUUAAUAACUUGCUUUUGAAAAGCAUUUCAAAAUAAAAAAAGUUUAUUAUUAAGAAAUGAAGUUUUAAAUAUAAUUGAUGUUAUGAUUUUGAAUAAUAA